AUGCCGUGCGAAAAAUGCGAAAGUAAGAUGCGAUCGUUAGUAACACCUAAUGUAUCGAGAGAUGGAAGUAAAAGGCAGGUUGGAGUGAAUAAAUUGGUAGAGAUUAGAGGUAAUAGAAAUUUCAACGACGUUUCUAAAGGAGUGUGCAAAAUAUGCAAAACCCAAUUGAGAAUAAAUGGAAAAUACUGUCCUUCUGCCUAUAGGGAAGGGAAAUGUAACAUUUGCGGGAAGAAAAUGAUUGAUUUAAGCGGGCAUAAUAUGUCAAUGGUAUAA